AAAAAUCCCUGAAGAAGCUUGACUAAGAUAUCAUAUUGAUCAACACCAGUCGAAAUUUUCUCACAAAUAUCAAAAUGUUAUUAUCUGGACUUGAAAAGCUCUAUGUGGGGAGAAAAAUGUCGAAAUUGGCAAGCACAUAUGUUGAUGACGUCACGAAGAGAGCACAUGUCAGACGACAAAAUGGAGGUAGUGGUGGGCUGUUACGAGCAGAUGUUGCUGGGCUUCCGACUGGUGGAGGGGGAAGAGGAACACAAGUUGGAGCCAACGUUCACUGAUAACUCCCACACCGGCUGUGUGAAGGUGGUGGCCUCAGGAGGACAUGUCCUGGCAUCAGGCAGUACAGAUGAAACUAUCCACCUCUACAACAUGGAGUCUAGAACAGAGCUGGGGACUCUGUUACAACAUGAUGGGUCGAUCACCUGCCUGCAGUUCUAUGACUCCUCCCACAUGCUGAGUGGAGCAGAGGACGGCUCCAUGUGUGUGUGGCAGACUGGCACAUGGGAGUGCCUCAAGUCCAUGAGGGGACACAAAGGUGGAAUUAACAGUUUAUCUGUGCAUCCAUCUGGUAAGCUGGCACUCUCUGUAGGCAAGGACAAAACUAUCAGAACUUGGAAUUUAGUGACCGGUCGACCAGCAUACACAACCAACAUCAAACAAGUUGCAGACCUGAUCCACUGGUCACCCAAAGGAGACAUGUAUGCUGUUGUUACUGGCAACAAGAUCAGUGUGUACAGACUUGAGACUGCCGGACUCAAAUGUAGCUUAGAUGCUGGAAGAAAAGUGCUGACAAUGGCGUACAUUACAAACACAGUUUUAGCAGUGGCUGGAGAAGACAAAAAUAUUCAGCUCCUGAAUGUUGAGACUGGAACAUGUGCAUGUGACUUCCCAGCUCAUGAUAACAGAAUCAAGAGUCUGGUAUGUGUUAGGGAUCACAGGAGUGAUGCUAGAGAAACCGAUCUGUUGAUGGUCAGCAUAUCUAGUGAUGGUUACAUAAAAGUCUGGGCCUUCAGUACAGAUCAGCUGGAGAAAACACCUACCCUUGUUGCACAGCACAAUACCACUGCACGACUGACAGCUUUGGCUAUUGUAACUGCUCAAUCUACUGAACCACAACGUUCCACAACAAAAACAGCACAGGAGAAAAGAAAACUCACGGAGCAAAAAGAAGCAGAGCAGACAGCAGAGAAGAGAAAAAAUGUCAAGGAGAAAAAAGGAGGAAAGAAGAAACUUAAAGUCAAGAACUAGUAAAACAAACAUUUAUGACUCGUUCCUGUUCCUGUUGGUUCCUUUAGGUUCUGUUUUUAUUUUACAAAAUUAAUGUUGUUUAAACAAAUUAUUAGUAACUUUAUGCUUUUCCCUUAAUGCUUUUCCUCUCAAGAAAAUACACAAUAGUUUGCUGUGCUUGCACAUUGUUAAUCAUAUUGUCAAAAAUUAAUUACCCUGUAGUGUAAUUGUCAAGGUGAAAGAAUUGUACAAAAUAUAAUCAUUAUCAUGAGCAAGUACACAUAUCUUCUACAUAGAUAUUGGCCUUCACUGUAUGUGAGCUGAUCCAUCUUCAAUAUGUAUUGAAAGACACAUAAAAUAAUAUAGACAUUU